GUGAAGAUAUUUGACUCAUUCGCAAGAGCAAUGUCUGUUACAAAGAAAUGUAAACAGCAUUCCUUUAAACGCUUUGAUUACGACUUGCAGCUUGUUGAUGUCCCAGGUUUUUGUGACACAGUAAAAUCACAUGACGACAUAAAGGAAGAGAUAAUGAAAUGUAUAGGCAUGUCAUCUCCUGGAAUACACGCCAUUCUUUUCAUCGUGAGGGUAGGAAGGUUCACUGAAGAAGACAAAAAUACACUUGAAAGGUUCCUGCGCUGCUUUGGAGAAGAAUCAAAACGAUUUGUGAUUAUUGUAUUUACUUGAAAAGAUGACUUGGAAGCGGAUAAUGAUACCCUUGACAACUAUCUAGGUGAUUGCCCAGUGACACUGAAGAAGUUUCUAUUUGAUGUAAGUCGUCGCUGUAUUGCUGUCAACAACAGGGGGACGGAUCCAGAGAAGGAGAAAUUUACCAGAGACCUGAUCAACAUGAUAAAAAGCAUGGUUGAUGCCAACGGCGGCCAGUGCUACACAAACGAGAUGUAUGAGAGGUGUGAGGCUGAGCUUCGAGAAGCUGAGAAGAAGGAAAAACUUGAAGAGAAGAGGGAGAAGCAGCUCGAGGAGAAACUCAAGCAAGAAGCUGCUGCCUAUGAAGAACAGUUACAGAGCCAGGAACUUAAAGUGCAAGAACUGGAGAGACAACUUCAACAAGAAAAGAAACGGAUGGCUGAACAAAAGGAGACAGCUGCAGAGGAAAACAUGAAGAGAGAAGUUCAGAAGGUGAAAGAUCUUCAGAAAACCAUUAGGGAAGAACAUGAGCGUACGAGAGAAGAAAUGCGACAUGAAGAAGCUCGGAAGCAGAUACGAGAGAAAGUUGAAAAUAGCGACACUAGUUACUUUGGAACUGCUUACCGAUGGGUAAAGAGCAGGCUUGCUUCAUUAAACCCAUUUUCAUAAUGGUAGCUGUAUGACAAAGAACUGUAAAAGCUAGAUUUUCAGUGAUUCAUUCAUAUAAUUUUGGUCACUACGUUUACAUUUAUGUUACUUUAUUAUAUAUUCAAUAGAACAGAUUUUUUUAUAUACAUUUCUUCAGAUCCAGGCUUUGAGGUCGACAUUUCAGUUUUUUCUUGGUACAAUUGAGCAAUGCUCCUCAUUCGAAGAGCGUCAGACGACUCAUGGUCAAAAAGUCUUUGAAUGAGGAUUGAAUAAGCACCAUUUGGGGCUGGGUUUAUAUCCAAAAAAAAUAUUGUUCCCGAAAAUUCUGAAAACAAGUUAUUAUGCUUCAAACCAGACCCUCGCCUCCCACACCCUUGAACUUACGUAUAUGUAUAUAUCCAUGUGCAUGGAAGUGUUCACGAGUGCCUGUGUGUGUUUGUGCUUAUACCUGUCCGGAAUAAUGUCGGUUCGAUAGUGCUCACCACAGUUGAACAUGAAUACCCCAUUCUGACAGUGACUAUGAACCCACCAGUGCCUGUUAUAUAGCCCGUUAAGGCCGAGCCCCAGCCAUGGUAGCAACUUUUGGUAUGGCGCGGUCAGGGGAUCGAACCACUGACCUUACGCACUCCCUGCAGAUGCUCUAUCAACUAGACCACAGAGGAACAUGUGACCCAUGUUUGGUUCACCUCCAUUUUUUAUUGAGAAACGUCUGUCGAUGAAUUGGUUUCUGGAUGUAGUAUGGAAAGUAGCGUAAUGUCAUUAGGUUUGUCUUAAUGUUACUACAGUCUUGUUCGUCUUGUUUACUACUUGGCUUUUGCGAAAUCUGUUUUUAAAUAAUUUACCAUGCUUUGUAACCUAGGUAUGUAUAAAUAACAGCUAGAUAAUGUAAUGAAUAACUGUUUCUCAUGUUUUGGAACUAUGCCAUGGGAAUAGUAAUUUGGCUACCCUUUCAUUUUCGCCUUUACCUUAUUGCCAUUUUGCCGCGGUCUUACUUUAGACAUGUGUUAGAUAGUUCCCUUCUGGCAAUAUCUGCCGCGGAAGGUUUGAGCACUUCUGUUAUAUAAUCUGUUCUGGACGUGUGUCUUAUGAUAAACAUAUGCCAUAGAAACACUAUGUAGUCACCUCUAUCUACCAAUUUAACUAUUCAGGAAAAAAAUGUCCACAUGAGUUUACCGCAUUUUACUCCAAAGGAUCGCUACUUUUAAAAAGGUAAUACCCCAAAUUGUGUACAUCUGUUGAAAUAGGCGAUGACAAUAUUGCGUUAAGCCAUGUUUAAUAGAGCAAAAGUCACGUGACAUGUAAUGUCUGCAAAAUACAUGUGACCAAUGAUCAAUCAGAUCACUCAUCAGAAUGAGAGUAAAACUGAAAAACACACAUAUUCUGACAAAAACUCCCAGUAGCCCGUAUGUGACCCACGUGAUGCGUUCACAACCUGACACCGCUUCUCAUACUUCUCUGGGUGGUCGUGUAGCCUAGUGGUUAUAGCGUUCGCUCAUUAGGCCAGAGACCCGCGCUUAAUUCCCAAACCUGGGUACUAUGUGUGAAGCCCACCGUUAUAUUGCUGGAUUAUUGGUAAAGCGGUGUAAAACCAUACUCACUCACUCAAUCUCAUGCUCCCAUUAAGUGUCUUGAUGGUUGCCAAGGGAAGAUUGGUUCACUCUUCAGUAAGAACUCUUCAGUCACAAAGUGAUGAUGUCUUCCUCCAAUCCAGUCUUCCCGCUGUGUGGUAGAACUCUGCCCCAUGUCGCUUGGUAUCUGUAGCUGGCAUCUGCCUAAUUCUUCGGUUGUCAAACGACAUCUUUAAGGGAGCAUAAGUGAAUUCGGUUGUUGCAAUCCUAGUAGCAAAUGUUGUUGUGCUCUCUGAUAAUGAUGUGCCAAGAUUCUGCCACGAUACGAAUGAACGCUCGUUUUCAAGCACCUCGUGCACUUUUUGCCAAUGACUGCAUGCCUCUGUACGUGAGAUACUUUAGGGGUAAUCCAAUCAUUGUGUGCAGGGAUAUUACAAUGUUAAUUUGUUGGAUGAUAUUGUUUAGGUAUCAUCAAAACUUGAUCCUUAGCAAACUUUGAGUAGUAUAUAUCAAGAGAAGUUAAAUGUGAAACAAUGUGUUGAGUUGCAUUCUUGGUAAUUUUCUUCUCUUUUAAAGAUUUCUUUGUUAAAUAAAUUUAUAAAAAAUGUC